AUGAAGAGGCAGGUGCCCUUGGCGCAUUUACUCUACAACCACCUCUACCCGCACCCGACUCCCAACGACCCACCUUCGUUCUCCGCUCACUUGGCCCGCAAUUUGGUCCCUGAAGUUCGCAUUGAAGUAGCGACCUUCUAUGGCGAUCUGAACAGCGCCGAAGCCCGCUAUCCUGGCCUAAACUACUGCCACCCUCCCCACCGCAUGCGUCUGGGUCGCUUCAAACAUCACAAGCGACUGUUCGAUGCCUUCGACGACCUAGGCUUGACCUACAACGAGAUCCAGGACUUCUGCUGCUGGGAGGGCACCAAGUGGGCACGUGAGCGCUAUGAGAAAGACGAGGGAGUGAAAGUGGUGGACACGACCGGCGAUGAGAUUGGACCUUUCGUUGAUCGCAGAGAAUUGAGAGCAGGAGAGGAGACCAGACGACAGAGCAUCACGAGAAAGACGGACAUCUCAGUCAUAGUAGAGGAGGCAGAGUCAAGCACGAGUCGUCAACCACCCAUUCGUGAGGAUGACGAGGAGAUGAUUGAUGCAGAUUCAGAGGACGAGCACCCGGCCGACGCAGACACAGAGACCGAGCAAGAACCGCCUGAAGAAGCUGCGGCUCGCGAACUGCACAUCGCCCAACUCGAACAACGCCGCGACAUGGCCAUCACACAGCGCAUCAACCAGCGUAUCAUCACGGCGUGGGAGCAAGGUCAAAGUCUACCGCCUGAGAUUGAGCAAUACCUCAAAGAACAGAGCGAGCGCAGCGACUCCGACCUGGGCCGUAUGAUGGCACAACGACGCUCGCAGAGAUACGCACCCGCGGGUAAUGCAGCCGUGGUCGCAGCGCAAACAUCUCGAGCGGCAGCUUAA